AUGGCUGGGAAGGGGAAGUGCCGGAGCCUUUUCACAGGGGCCAGAGUGUGGCAGCCUUUUCAAAACCGCGACAAGAACUGUGAUCUUCAUCGCAAGACCUGUGGGGAGGCCCUGAGGCAGCAGCAGCAGCAGCAGCAGUGCGCGCCUCAAGCACAGCAGCAGCAGGUGAAGCAGCCCUGUCAGCCACCUCCUACCAAAUGUCAAGAGGCAUGUGUGCCCAAAACCAAGGAUCCAUGUGCUCCUCAGGCUAAGAAACAAUGCCCGCCGAAGAGCCCAGCUCAGCAGAAAUGCCCUUCAACCCAGCAAGACCCUAAGUGCAAACAGAAGUGA